AUGUUCAGCGUCGCAGUCCAGCCGCCCUCCCAGGCGAGAGCCAACACGAGACUCUACCCUCCCCUCAUAGCAAUGGGAUAUCCCUCUGGGACCACCGAGGCAGACGUACCUUACCUGUUCGCCACCGCCGUGCUACGCGAUUCCGAAGGAAAUCUCAUCCCGGAGCAGCUUGUCGGUACUCUUACGGCCGGAGGUGCAUGUGCAGAGGACCGCCGGUUACCAGGGACGAGCCAGCCCAUAGUCUUCAUGUUUCCCAACCUCAGCGUCGCCUACGAAGGGUCGUACUCUAUCCGGGUGGAUGUUUACCGCGUCGACUUCGGGGAUGCUCAGGGCGCCAUCCUUGUCGAUCAAGUGGAGAGCCGCAGGUUUGACGUUUACGACGUUGACGUACCCUCCCAGAAGCCAUCGCCCGAAGAGCAUUCUAUUAUUCGCAAGCUCCGCGAUCAAGGCUACUCUGUACCCUCGAGCCCCGUCUAG